AUGUAUAGUAAUAUAUUAAAAGGUUCAUCGAUUAGAUCCGUAAAGCAAAUCCAGAAAUCAAAACCAUCAUUAAUCACAUCAUUGAAACAUUUUGCCACAAGUACAACUCCAUCACCAUCAACAUCAACAGAGAAAUCAAAUACAUCAUCAAGUACAAUUAAUACCACACCAACAACAACUCUAAAUACAUCAACAGGUAAUAUACAUGUUUCAACACCAUUAGAAUCUCCAAUUCAACCACCUGAAGGUUCAUCACUUUCUCUCAAAUCUGCAACAAGAGAUGCUUCUAAAUUUGGUUCAAGACCAAUAUAUUUAGAUGUUCAAGCAACUACUCCAGUUGAUCCAAGAGUAUUAGAUAAAAUGUUAGAAUUUUAUACUGGUCUUUAUGGUAAUCCUCAUUCUUCAACUCAUGCUUAUGGUUGGGAAACUGAUAAAGAAGUUGAAAAAGCAAGAGAACAUAUUGCUUCAAUAAUAAAUGCUGAUCCAAAAGAAAUUAUUUUUACAAGUGGUGCUACAGAAACUAAUAAUAUGGCUAUAAAGGGUGUACCACGUUUCUAUAAAAACACCAAGAAACAUAUUAUAACUACUCAAACCGAACAUAAAUGUGUAUUAGAUUCAGCAAGACAUAUGCAAGAUGAAGGGUUUGAAGUUACUUAUUUACCUGUAAAUUCAGAAGGUUUAAUUAAUUUAGAAGAUUUAAAAAAAUCAAUAAGGAAAGAUACUGUAUUAGUAUCAGUAAUGGCAGUAAAUAAUGAAAUUGGUGUAAUACAACCUUUAAAAGAAAUUGGAGAAAUUUGUAGAAAAAAUAAAAUUUUUUUUCAUACUGAUGCUGCUCAAGCUUAUGGUAAAAUCCCCAUAGAUGUAAAUGAAAUGAAAAUUGAUUUAUUAUCAAUAUCAAGUCAUAAAAUUUAUGGUCCAAAAGGUAUUGGAGCUUGUUAUGUAAGAAGAAGACCAAGAGUUAGAUUAGAUCCAAUUAUAACUGGUGGAGGACAAGAAAGAGGGUUACGUUCAGGAACUUUAGCACCACCAUUAAUUGCAGGAUUUGGAGAAGCUGCAAGAUUGAUGCAAUCUGAAGGAGCUUAUGAUUCAAAACAUAUCCGAGCAUUAUCUAAAAAAUUAAAAGAUGGUUUAUUAUCAAUUCCUUCUACAAUUCUUAAUGGAUCUCACGAUCCAAAAUAUCAAUAUCCUGGUUGUGUAAAUGUAUCAUUUGCAUAUAUUGAAGGAGAAUCUUUAUUAAUGGCUUUAAAAGAUAUUGCAUUAAGUUCAGGAUCAGCAUGUACUUCAGCAUCAUUAGAACCUUCUUAUGUUUUACAUGCUUUAGGUGCUGAUGAUGCAUUAGCUCAUUCUUCAAUAAGAUUUGGUAUUGGUAGAUUUACAACAGAUGCAGAAAUUGAUUAUGUUAUUCAAGCUUUAAAUGAAAGAGUUGAAUUUUUAAGAAAAAUGUCACCAUUAUGGGAAAUGGUUCAAGAAGGUAUUGAUUUGGAUUCAAUUGAAUGGAGUGGUCAUUAA